AUGAAAGUUAAUUGUCCGUCUGGUAACACUAUUGAAGUGGAAAUCAAUGAAAAUGACUCUGUUUUAGAUUUAAAAGAGAAAAUUCAUGAUAAAACAGGUACACCUGCAGUACAUCAACAACUAAAAAUUGUUGGUAAAAAAACAUUAUCAAAGAGACAUGAUAAAAAGAAAAUAUCCUCUCUUCAUUUAAACAAUGAGUCCAUGCUUAAUAUGUCCUAUGUUCUAGCAGGAGGAUGUGGUGUAGGAUGUGAUCUUUGUGGAUGUGGAGGUGAAUGUUGUAAUUCACAUUUGAUUGAUCAGUCAGUCGACUUUGGCAAUGCUCACGAGAAUAACAAUAUAAAUAAUCAUGAUGAUAAACUAUUAAAUAUAUACAAGUAUAGUAGUAGUAGUAAUUAUAGUGGUUAUCAACUAGCUGUUGAUUCUUCAAACAACAGUGACAACUAUGAUAAUCAACAACAACAACAAUCAAUACCUACUCAAAUAGAUAUAAUUCAAAAAGAAAAGAAAAAAAGAACAAGAAGAACUAAAGCUGAAUUAUUACUGGAGAGAAGUUCUUUAGAAGGAACAGCAGCAGCAGCAACAACAACAACAACAACAGGAAUAGCAGAAGCAGUUAGUUCACCAAAGAAAAGAACCAGAAAAUCGAAAUCUUUGAAAACAACAGAACUUGAAGAGAUUUAUCCAAUUAAGCAACCAGCAUCGUUUCCAACCAUUCAAUUACCUUCUACACCUCUGAGGAUUAGGAUAGUCGAUAAUAAUAAUAAUAAUAAUGAAUCUACAAAGAAUGAUAUGUCGUAUAUCGGUGUCGAUGAGGCAGGUAAGGGUGCUGUUCUCGGCCCACUGGUGAUUGCAGCGGUCUCGUUGGACUCUGCCGCCGAGCAAUAUCUAAAGGCAGCCGGUGUCAAAGACAGCAAGAAACUAUCGGCUCAACGACGAGAGGAACUCUACGACAUCAUCAAGGAGCGCGCACUCUACACCACCAUCUACAUUCUCGAGGCACGUGACAUCGACAUACGCAGAAAGACACAAACACUCAACAAAAUAGAAUCCGAUAUCUUCUUGGAACUCAUUCAACGUUCUUUAAAUCAUUUGAAAUCAAAUCCACAAGAAUUCAUAGAAGAAGUUGAAGAAAAUAAUAAUAUAGUAGUAGGAGGAGAACAAUUCAAUAAUAAUAGUAAUAAACCAAAGAAAUAUAAAAUACAAUUAGAUAGUUUGGAGAGUAAUACAGGUAAAUUUUCAUUGCCUUUCAGAGAUGCAUUUCCAGCACCAGAACAUACUGUGAUCUGUGAGAAUCAGGCGGAUUCGAAAUAUGUGUCGACGGGUGCAGCUUCGAUCAUCGCCAAAGUGGAGAGAGAUCGUGCAAUAGCGGCACUCGAGAAAUCUGUAAAUACACCAGUUGGUUGUGGUUACCCGAGUGAUGCUACCACCCUAACAUUUAUCGAAUCUUACUAUCAGAGAAAUGGAAACGAUCAUCCAGAUGUAAGAUUAUCAUGGAAAACACUUACCAAUAAAAGAGGUAUAAACAAUAACAACAACAAUAUCAAUAAUAUAAAUAUCAAUAAUAAUAAUAAUAAUAUUUUAACAACACAAUUACAAUCAAAUAUAUCAUCAAUAGCAUCACAGUUAGAAACAGCAACAAACAAUGAUCAACAAUCAUCGACACAAGACCAACUAACUAUUUUACAGAAUAUUCAACAAGACUUAAGUGCUCUAACUAAAUCUGUACAAUCUUUUAUUAAUUUAUUGAAAAAUAACAAAAACAAUAAAUAA